AAAAUAUUUACUAAACAAAAGACAAAAAUCAAAGGAGACUUAAAAAUCAGACGGAGAAGAAGCAGAGCAACGCCAGCCGCCCAACAACAACAACCACAGCAACAACAACAACAACAACAACAAGAAACAAAAACAAUUUUAUUGGUUGUAGUCCAUCCAGAAAGCGAAGAGAAAGUUAAAUUUAAAUUGAAACGGUCAAAAGAACGAACGGUCAAACAACCGCCCCAAAAAGUAUGCAACAGACAAAUGUGAGGCCAUCCAAAAACUGUUUGCGCCUAGUGCUUACUGUGUUUCCGCUCUUUCUCUCUUUCUAUCACUCUCUCGCUCUGUUUAGCACUCUUUCUGUCUCUACUUGUCACUUUAUCUUGCUGUCUCUCUGACUUGCUCUAUUGCUCUCUUCCUCUCUCUCUCUCUCGUUCUCUCUCUGUCUGUUCUUUCUUUCUUCUUUUGCAAAACGACAACAACUUUUGCUGCAAAAACUAUUUGCCAGGUUUCUUAACUAGCUGAAUAAUAAUCAAAAAAAAAAAACAAGCAAAUAAAAUAAUAUAAAAUAUAUAAAUCAAGAAAACUCAACAACACCUACAGCAACCUAAACUAAACCAACAAAAACAACAACAACAAAUACAACAGGAACAACUUUAGCUUUUGCUGCUGCCCCCCACUGCCACUUUUAAAAGGAUUAAAGGGUAAAAAAAAGCCGCCAAGAUGACCAUGUGGCAGAGUGGUGGUAUGGGAGGCCAUGGCUCCCAAAAUAAUCCAUGGAUGAAACUAAUGGGCAUUGUCCAUAAGGAGCGGCGACAUACGGAUAAUGUUCAAAGUCAAUCCGGUUCCAAUGAGCGCAAUCUAAAUCAGUCUUUGCCCAAAUUGAGCAGUCAAGACGAAGAAGGGGGGGCUGGUCAUGGCUUUGGUGGCGGACCUCAACACUUUGAACCCAUUCCUCACGAUCAUGAUUUCUGCGAAAGAGUCGUUAUAAAUGUAAGCGGGUUAAGGUUUGAAACACAACUACGUACGCUAAAUCAAUUCCCGGACACAUUACUUGGGGAUCCAGCUCGGAGAUUACGGUACUUUGACCCGCUUAGAAAUGAAUAUUUUUUUGACCGUAGUCGACCGAGCUUCGAUGCGAUUUUAUACUAUUAUCAGAGUGGUGGCCGACUUCGGAGACCGGUCAAUGUCCCUUUAGACGUAUUUAGUGAAGAAAUAAAAUUUUAUGAAUUAGGUGAUCAAGCAAUUAAUAAAUUCAGAGAGGAUGAAGGCUUUAUUAAAGAGGAAGAAAGACCAUUACCGGAUAAUGAGAAACAAAGAAAAGUCUGGUUACUCUUUGAGUAUCCAGAAAGUUCGCAAGCCGCCAGAGUUGUAGCCAUAAUUAGUGUAUUUGUUAUAUUGCUAUCAAUUGUUAUAUUUUGUCUAGAAACAUUACCCGAAUUUAAGCAUUACAAGGUGUUCAAUACAACAACAAAUGGCACAAAAAUCGAGGAAGACGAGGUGCCUGACAUCACAGAUCCUUUCUUCCUUAUAGAAACAUUAUGUAUUAUUUGGUUUACAUUUGAACUAACUGUCAGGUUCCUCGCAUGUCCGAACAAAUUAAAUUUCUGCAGGGAUGUCAUGAAUGUUAUCGACAUAAUCGCCAUCAUUCCGUACUUUAUAACACUAGCGACUGUCGUUGCCGAAGAGGAGGAUACAUUAAAUCUUCCAAAAGCGCCAGUCAGUCCACAGGACAAGUCAUCGAAUCAGGCUAUGUCCUUGGCAAUAUUACGAGUGAUACGAUUAGUUCGAGUAUUUCGAAUAUUUAAGUUAUCUAGGCAUUCGAAGGGUUUACAAAUAUUAGGACGAACUCUGAAAGCCUCAAUGCGGGAAUUAGGUUUACUUAUAUUUUUCUUAUUUAUAGGCGUCGUUCUCUUCUCAUCGGCGGUUUAUUUUGCGGAAGCUGGAAGCGAAAAUUCCUUCUUUAAGUCCAUACCCGAUGCAUUUUGGUGGGCAGUCGUUACCAUGACCACCGUUGGAUAUGGUGACAUGACACCCGUCGGCGUUUGGGGCAAAAUUGUGGGAUCACUGUGUGCCAUUGCUGGUGUACUGACAAUCGCACUGCCUGUACCGGUUAUCGUCAGUAAUUUCAAUUACUUCUAUCACCGCGAAACGGAUCAGGAGGAGAUGCAGAGCCAAAACUUUAAUCAUGUUACUAGUUGUCCAUACUUGCCAGGUACAUUAGGUCAACACAUGAAGAAAUCAUCGUUAUCUGAGUCCUCAUCGGAUAUGAUGGAUUUGGAUGAUGGUGUUGAAUCGACACCAGGACUAACUGAAACGCAUCCUGGACGUAGUAGUACGGCAGCUCCAUUUUUAGGAGCCACGCAAAUGCAGCUGCAGCCGCCUCAGCCACCGCCGCCGCCGCCGCCGCAGCAGCAGCCAGCGUCCACCUCCCUCGAUAAGCAGCAACAUCUCUACCAACAGCAACAGCAACAGCAGCAGCAGCAACAACAGUCCAUUACAGUAGCUGCAGCAGCAGCAGCAGCAGCUGCCGGUGCCGGCAGCAGCAGCCUCACCUUGAGGCAUAAUAAUGCUUUGGCUGUUAGUAUCGAGACCGACGUUUGACUACUGGUACAAAAGACGUUAAGUGUUACCAAUUUGGCCUUGACAAUUGUUAAAAUGGCUGCCAGAAAUGACUACAAGCAACAGCAACAACAACAACAUCAACAACAACAACAAAAUG